AAAUUUUAAUUCCAAAAGCUAUUUAUGACUAUAAUCAUUUUAUGAAUGGAGUUGAUAUUGCUGACAAAUAUCGAUCUUAUUACAAUUGUCAGCUUACUGCUUCACGUACUUGGAUGCAAUUACUAUUUUGGCUAAUAGAUACAGCCAUAGUAAAUUCAUACAUUAUCUAUCGGAAAAAUG